CUAUUUUAAGACAAUGUCAGAAUAUUUUAGAAAGUAUAUAAAAAAAGAACAUUACUCAAUUCAUUAGUAAUAAUUAUGAUCUAAGCUUUUAGUUCCAAUUUAAAAUUUAAAACUUCAUUUAGAAAUUGUAUUUUAGAGGUAUACUUAAAAAAUAAUUUAAGGCAUUAAAAAGACGAUAAUGGAAAGAAGUAGAAGGUGAUGAUUGGGAUUUAAUGUGGGCUGAAAAAGAAUGGAUUCAUGAAGUUAUGGAUCACACUCAUCUGUAGCCUAAUCAAAAAAUCAAUCAUUUUAGAAAUCAUUACGAAGUAUUUAUAAACUCAUUUAAGUUAACUAGAAAGGAUUUGAUGAUUAAGAAUUUAAAAAGAUAUAAAAAAAAUUUAGAAAGAGAAGGUAAAACAGAAGAUGCUAAUAAGUAAUCUAUUUUUAUUAUAUAUUUUAAGUUAUAAUUUCUUUCCACAAACAUUUCAUCUUCCAAGUGAAUAUCCAUUAUUUUACGAAGAGUUCAAAAAACAAUCUUAGAAUGGCGAAUCAAAAACCCCAUGGAUUAUGAAACCUGUAUUUUAAAUUAAUAAAUUAGAUUGGUAAAUCUUAAGGUAAAGGAAUUUUUAUUAUUAAUAAAAUUUAAUCAAUAUCUCAAUGGAAAAACACACUUCGUUUUAAUUAAGAAGCCUAAUAAGCAGAGGCUUAUAUAGUUUAAAAAUAUAUUGCCGAUCCUCUAUUAAUAGGAGGGAAAAAAUUUGAUAUGAGAAUAUAUUUAUUGUGUACUUCUUACUAGCCAUUAACUUUAUAUUUAUAUAGAACUGGAUUUGCAAGAUUCACUCAUCAUCGUUAUGAUAAUGAAGAUAUCUCGAAUACGUGUAUAGAUUUUAUAAUUUUUAAGAUGUUCAUUUAACUAAUGUAGCGAUAUAAAAAACAUCUGAAAAUUAUGAUGAAAGGUUAGGAGGUAAAUGGAAUCUACAAACUUUAAAAUUGUUUUUGAUGACUAAAUUUGGGUAAGAAAAAGUUGCUGAAACUUUCUAUAAUAUUUAAAUGUUGAUGAUAAGGUCUCUAUAAGCUGUAUAAAAAAUUAUAAUAAAUGAUAAACAUUGUUUUGAAUUAUAUGGAUUUGAUAUUUUACUUGAUGCAUAGUUAAAACCAUGGCUUCUAGAAGUUAAUGCCAGGUAUUUAAUUAUUUCUAUGUUUUAGUCCAUCAAUGACCUCUAACACUCCAAUUGAUUUUGAAUUGAAAUGUGGACUCUUAGAUGAUGUUUUUACUAUAAUUGAUUUAGAAAAGGUUUUGACUGGAAAUGAAGAAUAAAUUGGAGGCUUUGAUUUAGUUUGUAGAGGAACUCCUAUUAAAUUACCUACUAAUAGCACUUUUACUACAUAUUUAGGUUCCUUUAAUAAUAGAUAGUAACUAUUAAAAAAAAUAGCCAAAUCAACUGCCAUCAAAUUAGCACAAAUAUUUCAAGAAACUUAAAUAAAAGUAUUGGGUGAUGGUUUGAAAAAUUCUAAAGAAAAAGAGGAAAAAGAAAAAUAAUAGAGAAGCUUAUCAAAAGGUCCUUAGUCUAUACAAGUAAUUUCAAAUAAUAUUUUAGAAUGGGAUUAAUAAUAAAAUAGGAAUUUUGCCAAAAUAAAAUUCGGUUAUCAAAAGAAAUGGUACUAACUUGCCAGCUUUAGGUACUAUUUAGUUUAAAAGUAAUGGCAAAAGAUAACCUUUUUAGAAUGCAGCAUAAAUUCAACCAACUUAAUUAUAACAAUUAAAUAGCAAUAAGAAGUAUAUAAUUUAUUAUAAUAAUAGAAUAAAUUCUAGUGAAGAACAAACUUUGACUGCUAAUUAAAAACUUUAGCAGCUUACACCAGACAAUAAGUUAUCUUCUUUCCAACCUUACAAACAGCAAUUCAAAUAUAAUGAUGUAAUUGGAAUUACUAAUAGAAACUAGUAAAAAAAUGAAGAAUGA